CAACAAGACGGGAACAAUGCGUAAGACUAUUCUAUUACACAGAUCGAUAUCCUUAUAUCGACGAGGGUGUUAGGAACACACCAUCGCCCUUUGUCACUCAAAAUAGGACCGACCCCUUACUGGAAUUACUACUUUAUUCAGCGACUUGGAAACUACUGGGAAUUUAAAGGAACUGGAUACAAGGGAGUGUUAUUGUGUUGGGUCUCUCUCCUUUAUACCAGCUUCAACAGAAAGUGUAUUGCGUCGAAAAACUCUCUCGACCGCUUUGUCAAGCAGACCCGCUGGUAAAGUUGGGAACGGGUCACACGCUCUCUCGCGGAGUUUCGGGGCACGGCUUGGUUCGGUGUCUCGGUGUAUAUGAUCAUCUGGUGUAUCGUUUAGUUCGCAGGUUUAACCUUACCUAGAAUUGGAUGUGAAUGUCACUGCUUCAUCUUGGAUGCUGGUUUUUACUGAUGAUGUCAACAAAAGUCAACACCGGCCUUUGACUGACCUCUAUGUAUGGAUGAACGUUCUUCGCCUACGCAGCUAGGAGAGAGUGAGGCCCGGGAAAUAGUCACCCAGAAUAUACCACAGCUUUCCUGUUAGUACCUGGGUGAUAUUACACCGAAACGAAGCUCCAUUGAAUCCAGUUUGUGAGCCUCCCGGUGCAGUGAGGGUAAAGGGGGCGGGGACUGCCUGUUGCUACCCAGACUUGCGGACCAGUCGUUAGCAUGGAUUUAUUAUAUUAUAUGACAGUCUCAUUACUUGGUUUUAUACUGAGUCUUACCACUUUCAUCGGGGAAACGACCAGAGCGCUUUCAGAGGAUGUCUCGAGUCCAUGCAAAGCUUCUGGUUUUCUAGGUGACAUAGCAUUAACGGAAGAGGAUUAUGCGAGGGAGAUGAUCAGAGCAAGGCGAACGAGGGAACAAUUCAGAAGGAGAAUAUUACAAGAAAGACAGACAAGAACCAGAGGCGCUCGUCAUCAUAUUAAAAAGAGAACGAUAGAAGAAACGCAUGGGAGACACGUUCGAGCUGUGACAGCUAGACCAGAAAGAAGAUGGACAGAUGCCGUAAUACCUUAUGAAAUCGACGGAAACUUUACAGGAUCGCAGCGGGCGAUGUUUAAACAGGCGAUGAGACACUGGGAGAACUAUACCUGCAUCACUUUCGUUGAGAGAAACCCUGCCAAUAGUGAGCAUGACAACCACAUAGUCUUCACAUACCAGGCGUGCGGCUGCUGUUCGUUCGUCGGUCGGAAAGGCGACGGCGCACAGGCCGUAUCUGUGGGCAAGAACUGUGACAAAUUUGGCGUAGUCGUUCACGAACUGGGACACGUGGUGGGAUUCUGGCACGAACAUACCCGUCCUGAUCGCAAUGAGUUUGUCGGCAUCGUUCACCAGAAUAUUGUACCAGGUCAAGAAUACAACUUCCGUGUUCUCGACGCAGCCGAGGUGGAUUCUCUUGGCGAGACCUAUGAUUUCGCGAGCAUCAUGCAUUAUGCGCGGAACACUUUCUCGCGGGGAAUCUGGCUUGACACUAUUCUUCCAAGGAAAGAUCCGGAAAGCGGUAUCCGACCGGAGAUUGGACAGAGGAAACAUUUGAGCAAAGGCGAUAUUGUGCAAGCCAACAAGCUUUAUAAAUGCCCCUCAUGCGGCCGGACUCUCCUUGAAUCUACCGGUAACUUUAGUUCUCCUGAAUGGCCUGGUCAGUACGAUGGUGAUCAGACGUGUGUGUGGCGGAUCUCUGUUACUCCUGGUGAAACUAUCAGUUUGAGGUUCACCGGUUUUGAGCUAGUCGGGAGUGACGGGUGUUGGUAUAACUACUUAGAAGUCAGAGACGGGCACUGGAGAAACUCUCCGCUCCUUGGGCGGUUUUGUGGAGCUUCUUUACCAGAUCCAAUACUCUCAUCUGACAGCCGGCUGUGGAUCGAACUAAAGAGUUCUGCACAUAGAUAUAGUAGAGGCUUUGCUGCAAACUAUGAAGCAAUUUGUGGUGGUCACAUUGAGCGGGAAUCAGGGACACUUCAAAGCCCAAAUUAUCCUGAUGAUUACCACCCCAGUAAGGAGUGUGUGUGGCUUAUCACCAUGCCAGAAAACUACACGGUUGGACUCAGCUUCCAGUCAUUCGAGAUUGAACGACAUGAGACUUGUAUCUAUGACUAUGUCGAGGUACGAGACGGGCAUGAGGAAACUUCCCCUCUAAUUGGUCGAUUCUGUGGAUAUUUCAUUCCUGAUGACAUCAAAUCCACUGGAAAUAAGAUGAUGGUUACAUUUGUAUCAGACGGAUCUGUAAAUAAAGGAGGGUUCUCAGCAGAUUUCUUCAAAGAGAAGGACGAGUGUGCCCAACCAGACCAAGGGGGAUGUAUGGAUGUCUGUGUGAACACCAUCGGAAGCUACCGAUGCGACUGCCGACCAGGAUACGAGCUCAGCUCUGAUGGCCGUAGAUGUGAAGUUGCCUGUGGGGGUCUGUUUACCGGUCUCCGAGGGAACAUCUCAAGCCCUUCCUACCCUGAGCCCUAUCCGAGGGACAAGAACUGUGUCUGGCAGAUUGUGGCUCCAUCCAACUACAGGAUCUCACUUGAGUUUCUGACAUUUGACCUUGAGGGCAAUGAGGUAUGUAAGUAUGACUACGUUGAUGUACGUAGUGGCCUAAAUGAGGAAGGAUUACUCCAUGGAAAGUUCUGCGGCAAUGAAAUACCGGAGACAAUCACGUCACGUUUCAAUAAUCUACGCAUUGACUUCCGAUCUGACAACACUGUUGCUAAAGAAGGCUUCUUUGCAAACUUCUUUGCAGAUGUGGAUGAAUGUGAGGAAGAUGAUGGUGGAUGCCAACACAUCUGUACCAAUACACUGGGAAGUUACACGUGUUCAUGUCGCAAUGGAUUUACACUACAUGAGAACCAACAUGGCUGCAAAGAGUCUGGUUGUAGGAGGGAGAUACAGUCAACGACAGGAAUCAUCACAAGCCCGAAUUAUCCUGACAACUACCCAAAGCGUAAGGAGUGUACCUGGCAUAUUUCUGCUAACCCAGGCCAUAAGAUUGUUCUGACGUUCGAUGCUUUUGAUCUGGAGCAGCAUCAGGAGUGCACCUACGAUCGCGUCGAAGUCUUCGAUGGUGACAACGACGAGGGUCAGGUCCUUGGCCGCUUUUGCGGUGCCACGGUCCCCGACCCAGUUAUAUCUAGCAGCAACCACAUGUUUAUUAGCUUCUACUCAGAUGCCUCUGUGUCCAGGAGUGGUUUCUCUGCCACGCAUUCUACGCAAUGCGGGGGCCGGCUCGUCGCGGGUCUCUCAUCUCAGCGACUCUACUCACAUGCCAAUUACGGAGACCAGAAUUAUGAGAAUCAGGAGUCGUGCGAGUGGACCAUUGUCUCGCCCGAUGACCAUUUCAUCCAUCUCUGGUUCCGAUCGUUCGACAUCGAACACGAGACCGAAUGCAACUACGAUCAGGUGAUGGUGCUCGAUGGGGAUAACCGGGCGGCUGAAUCGUUCGGACGAUUUUGUGGACAUCGGGCUCCAGAUGAUAUCGUCUCAACCGGUGAUUCCUUGAUGAUUGUCUUCUCAUCUGAUGAUACUAUCAACAAGAAAGGCUUCCUCGCAAUAUUCAAGUUGACCGAUGGAGAGUUACAGGAGGUUGAAGAAGAAGAAGAGGACAUAUACUAUGGAUGAGGACAGAAUCCCAAUAUUUGGAGAAAAACUCUUGUAUCUGGACAUUUUCACCUGCAAAACAAAAUAUUUGAAAAGCAGCCUGCACGUCGAAUAUAUGAGAUUUCUACCAAUGAUUCGAACUGGAACAUUAUUCAUCAGUUGAUUUACCAAAUGAUGGUAUGGAUAAGAGACACUUAUUCAAAUUCGAUACUGUAGAAAUAGACCUCUUGGACAUAAACUCACCAUUUAUUCAGGGAUUGAAUUAAAUCACUUAAUUAUUUAACACCAAUUAAUUCCUGUGCCAGUUAAGCAUGAAUCAUAUAGCUGAAUAUAUUGAUAGGGGUUAAAAAGCAAAGAUUCUUUUUUUCAUUGAUUACUUUGCAUGGACUAGGGAUAUAAACAUGAAUACAUUCAAUCGGCUAAUGACAAUUUUGACAUAAUGAAUACCAAUUGUUUAUAGCAUAAUUCCACCUUGCCCCCUCAAAAUAAUAAAUAUUAAUGAUUUUUCCAACAACUUAUCAAUUUUGUAUUAAAUGACAACAGGUUUGAGAUGAUUAGAACAACCAUCAACUUUCUGUGUGAUGCCAAUUUCUAAAAAUACAAAAAACAAUAAGAGCUGAAGCAAAAAAAAAUCCUAUAUAUUUUGUAUCUCCAAGAUGCAAUAAUUUUUGAAAACUUUCUUACUCAUAUUCAGAUACCGUGUGUGUUCAUUCGCCAUUUAAUUUAAUUACAUAGGAUAUCGUGUGUGUAUCCAGUUCUAUGUUGUGGAGCAAGAUUCUAUUUUCACCAAGAUUAGUCAUGAUGAAAUUUGCAACUUUAUUGACAAAAAAUGUGCAUACAGACAUACAAUGCUUUUAGGAGAAAACAUUAGAUUAUCAUUAGUAAGCCAUGUUUUAUCUUGUUCAUAGCUUUUACCAGACUUUUUAAAUAUAUGUAUCUUUGUCAUUUUUAAAGUUUUUAUUUGAAUUAAUAUCUAGCCAAUAUGAACAUACUCAUGGGCUUGAACGAUGAUUGAGAUAGUUGUUAUCUUUAACAAUCAUAAUAUAUCCAUGUAUAUUACAUGUUUACUGAAUAAUGACAGGAUUUUGAUCUUUAUUAUCAUGAUCAAGUUGAAAAAAUUAUGUUAUUUCAUUUUCAAUUGACCGGAAAUAUGUUUUAUGAGAAGUAAAGUUUGCAGAGAGAAUUCUUAUUCUCUUUUAUCCAUUAAUUACUUUGAUGUAAUUUUUCAUGUUGAAGUUUCUUGUAGCAUAUAUUCAUGCAUUAUUUGCCAUGAAUAUUUUUCCUAGAAAGGUGUGGUAUUUGUCGACCAAAGAAAUUGAAUUCAAGGGAGAAAGAGGAAAAAAUGGUAGAGGAUAAGGCUUUGCAGAUUUAGUUUCAUGAUUUCCAUGUUUAUGACAGAUCUAUGCAAUUUCUCGGGAGGGAAAGAAGUUAUUGAUUUAAGAGGGUUGAACGUAUAGCUUUUUAGGCUAGUGGGCAUUAAAUGGCAAUGGGCAUAGGUUUGCCUCUGGUAUAUGCCAUAACAAGAAUGAACUGUAAAUACAAUGUACAUGUUUAUUAUUGUGUAGGGUUGUAAUAAUUGUAUAUUCAAUUUUGGACAAACAAUGCUAUGGUCACCAGCCAAGUGUGCUAUUAAAUGGGAAUACAAGUAUUUUGAGGUAUAUUAAUCACCACUAAUUUGAAUAUCAAGUAUGUAAAAACAUCCCAAUCGUAUCCUUCAUUUUCCUUCUUGAUGAACUUCCAUCGUGAGUUAUGAUAUUCUUAUUUGUACAGUUUAUGACCAAAUUCUAAAUGUAUCCUAAUUCCAUUUUGAAUGAUUCACACUUGUUUAUUUUUUUUCUGUUUUGAAAAUAAAUAACUUGUAAACACAA